AUGGCAACGAAGCAUUUGUUCGACACCGCUCAGGGCCUCGUAGACCGCAAUCUUCGCGGCACCGUUGCGCAGAAUCCUGCUCUGCGAUAUUAUGCUCCUCACAAGGUCGUCUACGACCCUUCGCACGACAACAAGAAGGUCGCUGUGAUCUCAGGAGGCGGUGCCGGCCACGAGCCCGCUCAGGCAGGCUUCGUCGGCAAGGGCAUGUUGGCCGCUUGUAUUUCUGGUGACAUUUUUGCUUCACCCUCAGCUGCCCAAAUCUGCUCUGGUAUUGACCUGAUUAAUCACGAUGCUGGUGUGGUCAUGGUUGUUAACAACUACACUGGUGAUUGCCUCCACUUUGGUCUAGCUGCCGAGAAGGCUCGUGCUGCUAUGGCAUACGCUGACAAGCAAGGCGGUGGCGUUGAGGCGGUAAUUGUGGCUGAUGAUGUCGCCGUCGGCCGAAAGCGCGGCGGUCUCGUUGGCCGACGAGGUCUGGCAGGUAACAUCUUUACUUGCAAGAUUCUCGGUGCGGCGUCGGACAAGGGCAUGGAUGUCAAGCGGAUCGGCGAGCUCGGUCGCAACUUGAUGGACAACAUGGUCUCGAUCGGCACAUCGCUCGACCACUGCCACGUCCCAGGUCGUCCCAAAGGUGCAGAGGAACGUGGCGCCCUCGCCGAAGACGCAGCCGAGCUUGGAAUGGGUAUUCACAACGAGCCCGGUUUUAAGCACAUGGACAAGAAGCCAGAACCUGAGGCGCUGCUCGGUGAGAUGCUCGACCUGCUCCUCGACCCCAACGACGCUGAUCGAGCAUACACUCCUUUCGACAAGGAUGACGCACCCGUUCUGUUUGUGAACAACCUCGGUGGCAUGAGCCAGCUCGAGAUGAACGCUAUCGUCGAUCUCACCAUCGAGUUGCUCGAGAACAAGUGGAACCUGCAUCCUUGUCGUGUCCUCUGCGGUCCUUACAUGACCUCGCUCAAUGCCCCUGGCUUUGGUGUCUCGCUCAUCAACCAGAAACGAUUCCAGAAAAACACCGGGCAGGAUUUGCUCGAGCUUCUCGAUUAUCCUACCACCGCCUACUCGUGGCUAGGUGUGCAGCAUGGCUGGGGUGGCACAAGCGGCCACCCACGUGACCGCCUUGCCGAGGAGAAAGAAGCUGCUGACCAUCUCCAGACCGUUCGUAAGGCUGGUGGCUCGGUCAGUGGUCUCGCCGACCCUGGAGCGUCGUCCAAUGGACCUGCCAAUCCUGAUCCGGAGCUGGUUAAGAAGGCCAUCAUCUCUGCAUGUAACGCCACCGUCGAGAUUGAGCCUGUUUUGACGCGCUACGACACCAUCGUCGGUGACGGUGACUGCGGCGAGACGCUUGCCCAGGCCGGUAGUGAAGUCAAGAAGGCCCUCGAAAAGGGCGAGAUUCCCCUGGACAAUGCUGCUGGCACCCUCAUCGCCAUUGGUGAGGUGCUCGAGUAUGCUAUGGGUGGUACUUCGGGUGCCAUCUAUGCACUCUUCUUCGCUGGUCUUGUGCAGUCCCUGUUGUCGAACCCCAAGGGUACGCAGGCAGAUGCGAAGGUGUGGGGCAAGGCUGCGCUGGAUGCGCUCGAGAACCUGGGUCGUUACACCCCUGCUCGCCCCGGUGACCGAACACUGGUGGAUGCUCUUGACCCCUUCUGCCGCGCUCUAGGUGCAGGCAAGUCGCUCGCCGAAGCUGUCGAUGCAUCCAAGGUGGGUGCUGAGAAGACGCAGGCCAUGACGCCACGUCUUGGACGAGCCACGUAUGUGGGCAGCAAGGACCAGGGCGAGAUGCCCCCUGACCCGGGUGCAUGGGGUGUCUGGGCGCUCACUGAUGGUCUUCGAAAAGGUCUUGGUCAGUAG